AUGGCGUCCGCGCGGGAGGGCCACUACCGGGGCGUCCGGAAGCGGCCGUGGGGCCGGUACGCGGCGGAGAUCCGCGACCCUUGGAAGAAGACGCGCGUGUGGCUCGGCACCUUCGACACCCCCGAGGAGGCCGCCAUGGCCUACGACGGCGCCGCCAGGUCCCUCCGCGGCGCCAAGGCCAAGACCAACUUCCCCGCCCCGCCGCCGCCGUCGCUCGACCUCAACCUCCCGUCCGACCACCGCUUCUUCCCGCCGCCGCCUCCGCCGCCGGGAAGGCUCACCAUCACCGACUUUCUCCACACCGCCGUGCUCGGUGACGUUCCGGCCCGUCAGUUUGCCGGUGGAGGUCAGGCGGUCGCCGGCGCCGCGGCGCCGGCCGACGGCGACGCCUCCGCGGCGAGGUACUUCGGGAUCGUGAGGCGCGGCUUGCCCAUAGACCUCAACGAACCUCCGCCCCUCUGGAUGUAG